GCAACAACAAAAAUAUCUCAAAGAAUGAGUAAUAUUCCAAUUCUACCUCUCUUCUUCUUCUCUCUUCUUUCCUUCCCCGCGAAACCACUGUCCUUGAGAGCUGCGAGUCCUGAUUCGGCGGUGCUUGACACUUCAGGCAAAGAGCUCCUGCCCGGCGUCCCAUACCAGAUCCUUCCGGCCACCGGAGGCACUUUUACUCUCUCCGGCUAUCAAAACGACACCUGCCCACUUGUCGUCGUCCAUGUCCAACAGAAAACUGAUUCCCUCAAAUUCCCGCCGGUAACUUUUUCACCAGCUAAUCCAGGAGCCCGUGUGAUUCAAACCUCCACGAAUCUGAACUUCAAGUUUUCCAUAACAUCGUCGGCGAAACCCUGUGGGAGCUCCAUGGUGUGGAGGCUGCUGAAAAGGAUAUCGGAAGCGAGAUUUAUCAGCACGGAUGGCGUUGAAGGAAACCCUAACAUGAACACCUUCGUCAACUGGUUCAUGAUCGAGAAAUUAUCUUCUGAUAAAAGUGGCAGCCCCUAUAAGCUCAGGUUUUGUCCCACUGAUGUCUGCAAAUGCUCCGUCACGUGCAGCGACCUCGGCAUUUAUGUUGCAGAUGACAAGAAAAGGUAUCUGGGUCUGGCCGACAAGCUCGAACCGAUUAGUGUUGUGUUUAAGAGAGCAAGCUAGCUAGUUAUAAUUAACUAAUGAUAAACGCAACUUUAAUGUUUCGUCACUUAAUUAAACCUAUUUAGCAGCAGACUAUAAUCUCCUGUGAGAAUUUAUUUUGCUAUAAUAUGGAGCUCCCAUUAAGUAGAAUUAUUCCAGCGGGGAGAGAUCAUUUGCAUUCUCAAGUAUGACUCAUAAUGUUAAAUAAUUUACAAAUGCCACCAAUAAUACUAGUUUUUGUACUGUUA